UCAAUUGGACUCAAGGGACCAGUGGCACAGUCUUGGCCAUGUCUUCCGAAACGGAAUUGCAGACACAUGAAACAGUGGCAUGAUGGAAUGGGCCCAGCUACGCUACGCUUCGAACGGAUCUUCGGGACACGUAUAUGCGCCGCGAUCUCCCUCACACCCGUGAGCAGGUUCUACCAGGUGCGAAGUGGAUUACACGGCCCCUGCUUCAUUAUAUUCCUUCUAUCAGAGAUACGGUUGUGCCGGAAUGGAUGGGAUACGACCCGCUAUAGCAAUAUUGCCAAUCCUGCUGCACGAUUUUCAGAUGCACAACUCGGAGACUGGUUCCGUCUUAUUUUCCGGGCUUGCGAGAAUGGGAAAUGGGACAUAUAUAUAGAUCGAGCACCGUUAUUGCGACGCCAUCGAACGGUACACGAGUACGAGAAGCUGGCCGUGCAAGAGGCUUGGGAGCAGCCAUACAGGGGACAAGUCCAGGAGGGUCUUCGUAUGAGAGUACGAUCUGAGGAUGGGGUGAAAUAUACGUGUCUUCGGUCUUCGUGACUGAG